UUUCUUGAAACUGUCAGAUCACCAUACACUGGAUGACGUGUUGGUUAUUUAAAUUUUGUAUUUUUAUAUUCAUUAUUUAUUGAACAGGCAAUUUAAGGCGAAAUCAUGGAUAUCACACUUAUGUUUUUAGCUCAUGUAAAAAUGAUCCGUACUACAAAUAAAUCUCUUGGUAUUGUCGACAAAAAACCAACUUCAAAUAUAUUAAAAUCGAAAAAAGAUCCAAAUUUAUCUAAGGCAAAGGAAGUGGUAAAACAGUUAACACAUUUAAGACAAUUCCUUAUUGACAAUAAAGCCCCAUAUUUAAAUAUAUUGAAUCACCUGUCGACAACUAAAAUCAUGACAGAAGAAGAUAGAGAAAAUUUUGAAACAGUAGCUGAAGAUAUAGUUCAUAAGUGCAAAAAUAUUAUAAACGAUUAUAAGAAAGAAAUGGCUUCAUUGAAAAAAACCGCACAGACUGAGGAAUAUUACAAUGCUGUAAUAGUCUCGUUAGAAAAAUAUUUAAAAGAAGUAUCUAAAGUAUAUACCGAAGCUAAAGCAAUCAGGGUUCAAAGAGUUAUUGAAGUUCACAAUCUUUCUAAACUAGGUCCUACUAAAAGAAAAACUGAAGAGACAAAUGAUUCUUUAAAAAAUGAGAGCACCGAGGAAACAUCGCAAGUUAAAAAAGUUAUAAUCCCUGAAGUGGUGAACACUCCUAAUGUAGAGGAAGAAUUAUCCGCAGAAGAGAUGCAAAUGUUUGAAGCAGAAAACGAAACCCUUUAUAAUGAAAUGAAUAAAAUGUCUGAUGAAGUUAAACAAAUGGAAAGUAAAAUAGUUCAUAUUGCUGAGUUACAGGAAUUGUUUACAGAAAAAGUGUUGCAACAAGAAGGUGAUAUAGAUAGGAUAGCCAAUGUGGUGGUAGGUUCAACUGAACAAAUUAAAGAUGCUAAUGAGCAGAUUCGUCAAGCUAUCCAACGGAAAGCUGGGUUACGUGCUUGGGUUUUAUUUUUUCUACUUGUCAUGUCUUUUUCUUUACUGUUUUUAGAUUGGUAUAAUGAUUAAAUUAUUUACUGCA